AUGGCAAUCAUUUGGUUAUUGUUGCUUACUCUGACAAUGUUCCUACCAAGUGAUCUCGCGGAAAAUUAUGACGAAAACCAACCAAGUAUUGGCAAUAUUGAUAGUGAUCGUGAAAUUAAUAAACCUAAAUUUGGAGGAACUAUUACUGGCUGCCCCCCCUCGGUUGUCUUUUGUUUAUAUUUCCUUAUUUCCUUAUUGGUGAUUCUAUAUAAUGUCCCUACCACUUAUAUUCCGCUAUUGGCAAAGUACCAUCUAGGAUUGGAACUAAGUCACGUGAAAUUACUUUACCUCAAUAGUUCACUAGUUGCCUUCGUUGCUUUCCUCGCUACUUAUCUUUUGGUGGAAAGAAUUUCCGAAAAGAAUAUCAUUGUCUUCGGUGUUGUUUCAUUAAUAUUCGAAAUUUUACCAAUAUUUUAUUUCGCUCUGUUCUGGGACAAUGAUAUGUUGUCGGUGAAUGCAGCUUAUCUUUUGCUUGUUUCAAUGUUAUUUAUGGGUGCCCAGUUCGUAAACUUUGCUCUGGUCUGUUCAUUG